AUGAGCACCGUGAGGACGAGCGACAACCCGGGUGUGCCGUCGGCCGGUCCAGGCGCUGGUCCCCAGGGCGCUCCCUCCGCAUCAACGGGCGGCUCGUCAACCUCAGCGACUGCUGGCAUCGCUCCGGCGGCCAUACCACACAUUCCAGACACACCUGCGCCCACAGCUGCUGGUAACACGUCAACCCCGCUUAGCGCGUUCUUGACCCGCGUCAAGGUCGCCAACGAGCGCCAGGCUCAACGCGACAGGGCCAACUCAUCGCAGCCCACCAGCCCGACUGUGUCCCAGCUAGGCAAGAGCCUUAGCAGCAGAGGAGGUUCGCCGACGACGGUCAAGUCUCCACUCCAGAACGUGCCGCCCUCGUUGCCGCCCGCGGCCGCACAUAUUCCUCCCUCGCCCGCCGCUCAAUCACCUGUCAUGGCUCACCAGUCGACCUCUACCCAGGCGGCGGCACCAGUUGCACCUGCGUCGACCUCUAUUCCAGUAGUUGUCGUCCUUCCACCCACUGCUGUUUCCACCUCGACGCAAGCUGCAGCCGGUGCGGAUGCGGGCGUGGCCCCUGCUCCCGUGAGGAAGACUUGGGCCGUUGCUCCGCCUACACCGUCGCCAGCUCCAUCGUCUGAGCCAUCACCUGCACUCCCUCCAGCCGCGGCGGCUACUGUCGCGACCGUGACAACAUCCCCGACCGCAGCGUCUGCUGAAGGGGCCAACACAGAGUCCUCCACAGUCGUCUCCUCGACUGACGCACGUACAGAGCCUGUGCCCACAACACCUCACCAGGCCGCUACCAACUUGGCCCCAGCACCUACCGUUCCCGCCACCUCUGCCCCCGCGCUGUCGAUCCCCGCUUCAGCGGCCACUUUGGCCCCUCUGCAGCCGAUUGCGGUGGUGGGCACGACCUUUGACGAUCCUAUUGUGGUUGACUCUCCCACCUCCUCGAGCGAUACCGCCGAUCUACCAGAGGCUAUUGCUGCGGCUGCGGCUUCAACUUCGGCGGUCCCAUCCGCCACGCGUGGUCUUCCCAUGAACACCACCCAGAGCGCUGAGGACAACCUAGCAACGAGUGUCGCAGUGCAGAACAUCAUCCGACAAUGGACUGCACAGGCUCCCACUGGCAUCAACACCUCGUUGCCAGGUGCUUCCGUUCAGCAGCAGCAACAACAGCAGCAGCAGCAAGCACCGGCUAUGAUCGAGGAGCAUCUCGCUUAUAUGAACCAAUUCCUCCAAACGGCUGCCAACGAUAUCGUAGGAUCUGAAAGGCGUGAAUCCCGGCAGCGUGAGCAAGCUCUGCAUCAACACUACCAUGCGGAACAGCGCAAGGCCGACGAAAGGAUCCAGCUGGAGGCCCAAAAGACCCUCACUCAAUCCACCAAGGCCCACCAGCUGCAGAAGAUGCUCCAUGACACGCAGCAGAUGCUUGACAGCGUGCGGUUCGAGUUAGGCAGACACCAGAGGAUUGCCUCGGAAACUGCCGUUGCUUUACGUGCGGCUCAGCAGCAGGCCGCCAACAACGACCAUGUUCAUAACCAAGCUGCUGCCGAGAUCAAGUCUCUCCGCGUGGAGACGUCCCGUCAACAAAACUUGGUCACAGACCUCACGGCGGUGAAUGCCCGUCACGAGAAAACGAUCAAAGGCCUCAUCUCCGUGAAGUCCCAGCAGGAGCGUCAGCUCGAGACGUUCAACGACACCAUCAAGAAGGUCAAGGAGGACGCCAGGAAGACUAUAGAGGCCGACUUUGCGGCCCAACGCAAAAGCCUUGAGGACGACAGUGCCGCUCUUAAAGAGAAGAUCAAGCACAACAUCCUGAAGAUGAAGGACCUUGACGACAAUGCAAAGGCUCGCGAGGCGGCCGCGCAGGCGACUGCGGACAAGGCCGGCUUGGAGGUCACCGUGCAAAAGGAUAUUGUUGCCAAGCUCAAGAAAGAACUCGACACGGUCAAGACGAAACUGCAAGCCAGCAAUAGCCAGGUUCAGGCGGUGGACAAUGAGCUGCGACAGAGCCGCGCCCGUGUCUCUACCGAGCAAUAUCGCCUCGCCCAGUUGCAGAAAAAGGUGGACAGUCUCGAUGCGCAACUUUUAGCAGCGACCUCUGCGCGGGACCAGUUCAAGGACUCCAUUGUGACGCUCGAGAAGAAGGUUAUCGACUUGGACACCGCCGCGGCCAAGAAGGAUCUCGAGAUUGGAUAUCUCACCGCCGAGGUGGACACAAAGGACGCUGAGAUUGAAAAGGCAAACCUUGACCACCUUCACAUGGACGAGGCGUUCAAGGAGAUUGUGAUCAAUGGAGUCGCCACCGUCUACAAGGCCAUUGGCCAGCCGGUUCCUGCCAUCCCUACUGGCCUUCCGCCAAUGGACAAGGCCAAGGCUGUCGUGGAGCUCAUCCACAAGGCAAUCAGGCAAGUCAAGUCCUCGACGGCGACCAACACCACCUCGACGGCCCAGACCAACCUGGCCACACUCCUCGAGUCGAAGCAACGCCGCGUUCUGGAGCUCGAAGAAGAAGUCGAAGGCAAGGACAUGGACGUCAAGACCGCCGAAAAGCAGCUCGCCGUCUACGAGAAGCAGGUUACCGAACUCGUUGCAGGUCACAAGGAAGAGUUGCACCGGGUCAAGGCCGACCUGACCAGGGACUCUCUAUCCAAGGAAGCCGAGUGGCGAAAGAUGUUCUCUGAGCAAAAGUCACUCUGCGAGACUUUGCGUACGACUUGUGCAACCCUCGAGACUGAGAACUCUGCCUUCAAGGCUGAGAAUGGCAAGCUCGCAGCCAAGGUUUUUGCGACUCCGCCGCUGGUGGAGGAGACCCAGGAAACGUCGUCUCCUCUCGUCUCCAAGACUGCUUCCCCUGUGAUCAAGGUCGCUCCCACGCCGACCCCCGCUGCCACCAUCACCACCGGCGCGCCUUUGACCCCCGUCGUGUCCAGCAGGUCAUCGGUUGUGGCCGACUCGGCUGCUGGCUCGCCAAGCACUCCCGUCGAUCGCAAGCGCCGCGCUCAGUCUCCUGUGCAAAGCUCGAUUGCACGCGCCGAGCAGCGCCGGCGUGUCGAUGGAGAGACACCGACACCUGUACCUGCGUCCCAGGGCAAGAAGGACAAGUAUUCCGAUGCGAUGUACCCGGGACACCGUGCUUGGGUGGGCGACCACCUAGGCCAGCUGGUGGGCAGGGAUUCUCAUGGGUGGUUCUGUGCGAUGUGCAUGGCGGUGGAUGGCCACCCGAUCAAGAAAGCGGUCGAUAUUUCAGUCCACUACAAGAAGCAGCAUGGCUUCUACCUGUCGGACAGUGCCACGGACCAAUUGGAGCACAUCAUCAGCCGCCACGACAAGAUGAGCAAGAAGUGGCGCCAUAUGCAAGAGCGCCCGUCGGGUAGGAAGAGCGAGGGGAGGAGGAGCGAGAGUAGGAAGAGCGAGGGAAGGCGCAUGACCAUGGCGUGA